AUGGGCUGUCUACCAUGCACCAACCUCCAACCCGAGGUCGCCCACCUCAACGCAUGUUAUCCACCUUCCAAAGCUCUCUUGACUUCCGGACCGGACUAUAGACCACUUUCUCAAGACCUAUCGAAAUUGACCUAUUUCGCAACCAACAAACCAUCCAAACUCGCCCGUAUAGGCGAAGAGUUAGAAAAGAGAAUAUCAAAGGAAUCGACCAGAUCGUCAGGUGGUUAUGCGAAAUAUCGCGCAAGCUUAUUAAUAUCCUUGGCGAUACUCAGAGCACUAUUAACGGAAUGUAAGAGGGACAUAUCAUUAUUUGGCAAAUCAGCAUUGAAAUGUAUAAAUUCGGCAUUAGACGUCAAAGUAUAUCAAAGAUCGAAUGAACUAGAUUUAGAAGUCGUUGGAAGAGCUUCAGCAGCUUUUAUCGCUUUUACGACAUUUACAGAUGGAAGUUUGAUAGGAAUAGACGAGAAUGUUACCAGGACCUACCUUGAUAUAUUACAGAAGUUUGGUAGGAUGGCUACAUUUGUGGAAAUGAAAGAGAAACCAGAUGAAGAUAAAGAACAAGAGAAUAGGACUAGACUGAUAGGUCUAGCGGGAUUGAACGGGGCUAUACUGUCAGAUUCACUUUAUUCGUCCAAUACCGAAUUCCCCAAACAAAUCUCAAUUCUCCUACCACCUCUGCUUAUCAAUUUGUUCGAACGAUCCUCUUCAAAUUCGAUAGAAGAAUUGAAAGUGCAAAGUGAUAAAAUAGAAUUAGAUUAUGGUUCUUCAGACCAAUCUCCAUUCUUCAAUGAAUUUUCGGCUAAAAGACCUCUCAACGCUAGACGAGCACCGAGUCUGCACGCUCAUAUACCUGGUGAGAAAGGCCCAACGAAAAAGGAUGUACUGAGAACGACUUUGAAAUCUUUUCAUUCGCUGGUACAGCAAUCCAAAAUAUCACAGGCUACUAUGAUUAUCGAUCAGAUCAUUGGGUUCUUAGAUAAAGAUAGGAACAUAGAAGAUGGUUGGAAGGAUUUAGAAAGAUGUUGUUGGUUAGCUGAGAAAUUGACCGCUUGGAUAAUACUUCAAUUCAGAUUCGUAGUACCAACAAGACUUAUAGAAGUCCUGAUUGAUCAACAAAACUUGAAAGAACCUACCGCAAAGAAUACAACGAUAUUAUCAAUGGUAAUUACCAUCCUCAACUCGACUACUUCCUUGGUUGGCUUGGGAGUGUCCGAUCUGUUGGGUAACCUGAUAACGCUAAUUAUCAGACGGAUCAAAUUCGAUCAACGGGAUUCGUUAUUACCUUCAUUGGUAUCUUGCGUUUCUGCUUUGGGAACGCAUAUAUACUAUGCCGACCAAAUUAACGAUAUAGUAGAGGAGAUCUCGAUCAGAAUAGCAGACAUCAAUAUAAAUGAUAAACAUCGCUCGGAGAUAAUUAGAGUAUUGAUCAAUUGCAUAAUUGGAGUGAUGGUCACUGCUGAUCAAGGUGAUUUGAAAUUAUCAAAUGGUGGAUCAUCGUCUAACAAUGAUUCAGCCGACCCUGGAGGAGGAGGGGGUAAAGGUAAAUCAAAAUCUACCAUACCUCUCACCCCAAGUAUAUCAGAAAAUCAAAAUACUCCCUCUCUACAACGAAUUCACAAUAAAUCCUCGAGACGGAAUUCGAUCUCUCCUGAAGUGUGGCAAGAAACUUUACCUCUCCUUUGCGAAUCCGAUUACGCAGUUAGGAUAACCUAUGCGAGAGCGUUGUUGUUGUUUUUAGAAACUGAAUUACCAAGAGGCUCAAGCACAAACAAUAAUAAAUCCGGAUCGGACUCUUCGAUAUACAGAUUCUGUCAUGCCCUCAAUGCUAGUAUCUAUACGUUACUCAUGUCCAACUGUCUUGGUGCUGGAGUGGUCGAUGAACAAUCUACGUUACCUAGUCCUGAAGUUGGUACGAUCACUCCUUCGCUUGUGCCCGACCAGCACACCAUAAACACUGCGGAUGGACAGCCACAGAAGAGUGGUAAAGAUGAAAGAGAUAGGAAUGGAUCUGUAUCAGGGAAAGAAAAAGAAAAAGGCGUAUCAUUCAAUCUGAUCUCGCCUACUCCCAACUCUGCUUUAGGUAAUGGCAAUUCUCCAGCAUCAGGUAAUGUUACACCUACGGGGAAGAAGGGUAGUACCAGACCGACUCGUCGACCAUCCUUACCUCUUAAUCGACUUCAAUCGUAUGUUACUCUAAAUUCAUUCGACAACGUCGCUACUCCCUUGGACUUCUCCUGUGCCCUUACGAUCCUCGAGGAGAUCUUUGAGAUUCAACCGGUACCUAGUUUAAUCACGAGUGUACCGAUGUUAAUGGCCUUGGACAAAGAUGCGGGUAACGAGUUGACGAGAAGACCUAAUGAUGGAAGGAAUGGUUCGUGGGUCUUGGAGAGGAAAAGAGCUAUUAGGGAAUUGGUCUGUAUGGUCUGGAAGGUGGUGGGUGAGAAAUGGGGUGUGGGACACAUACAGGAUAUUGCUCAAAAGUCCCUGAUAUCCCUUCCUGAACCCUACGUGAUACCACCCUUACCACCUUACACACCUUCAUCCAACCUUGACCUUCCUGAAACCGCCAUAUCAUUCGUGCCCCACAUGAUAGAGGGUGAAUCUUCCUCUGCUUCCAAACCGCUUUUAGACCCCAAGGCGCUAUUGACUGCUUUGACUGGGUCGAGCAAUGUACAAAGUGCUACAGGGAGAGAUGAGGCUGGAUUGAGGAGGAGAUGGGAAGUGAAAUGGAGUGUGGAACAUGCAGUGAAGGAUUCUAUCGAACGUUUCUCAUCAGGGCAUGUACGACCUGAAGAUCAAGAGAUACACAACGAAAUCGCGAAUGUACUGAUGAGUAUGAAUAACGGAUCGUAUCAAUCUUUCGGGAAUGGUAGUGCCACAGGAGGAUAUCGACCAGGAAGUAGGACUAUCGAUGUAGGUGAUUUAAGAGAGGCUUUGGGCGGUAAAGUCGAUGAUUUGACCAAUAAUACAUCUUCUCCGCCAUCAGUAAUUUCAUCUGCUUAUUUGACUCAGGAAGAUCAACUACAUUUAUCCACAGCCUUGCAAAAAUCAUUAUCGUCAAAGGGUUUAUCCAGGUCGGCAAAUAAUCAAGAUGUCAAAGAAGUUUUGAAAGAUAUCUUUAAAGAUAAGAAAAGGUCUAGUACGAAUUCGACCAAUGGACCACAUGCUCAUAGAAUUAGGACUGUUUCUGCUGGGUCCGGAUUGGGUCAAAAGGUGACAAACGGGGAUGAGCCUGAACUAGGUGGCAGUGUGGAAGGGAAGGUGGAUGGGAAGGGAGACGAGGGUGGGAUUGUGGGUGAGAAGGAUUUGAACCUUGAUUUGGGCAAGGUCGUCGCGUAG